GAAUAGAGCACAACUUCCAAGUAAGCUAAAAUACUUGCUCCAAGCUAAAGCCACUUCACUUUCAAGCUAGAUCGAUCAAUCACUUGGUAUAAAUUACUAUUCAUGAGUUUUAGUUAAGAGAUCCUAUUCUUGUGUUUAUCAUUAGUGUGUAUACGUACUAACAAUGUCUGUAGCACUAAAUAUUGAGGGCCCUUCACAUAGUCCUUCGCAUAGUACAAGCUGCAGUACUGAUCAUGCGUGGCUGCAGUCCUUGAUGACCGAAAGUAGGGCCGGAAAUAAUUCCAACCAAGUGAAUGAGCUAGAGGUUCCAAGGGUUCCAUCAGAGUUUCGUAAAAUGAAAGAGAACACGGAUUGCUAUGAGCCACUGGUUGUCUCCAUCGGUCCCUAUCACCAUGGGAAAAAAGAACUCAAGGAAAUGGAGAAGCUCAAGGCUGAAAUGGCCGGCCAGUUUGUCAAAGAUAGUAGAGUGACUGCUGAAGAAAUGUACAGCAAGGUCAAAGAAUUGGUCAACGAUGCAAGGAAAUGCUAUGCAGAGGAGUCAACACGUCAGUUCAACGAUGAGAAACUCACCCAGAUGAUGUUUCUUGAUGGCCAUUUCAUUCUCCAUGUUGUCUCCAACAAGCUUGAGAAACAGAAGCUGAGGAAGGAAGAAGUUGCUUCGGUUAGAAGGGACUUGUUCUUACUAGAGAACCAACUCCCCUUUCGAGUUCUUAUCCCAUUGAUGAGGUUAUAUAAAAGGAAAGGGGAUCACAUUGCCGUGGAGGAUACUUCUCCGUCCAAACAAAGUUCGAGUCCGGAAAGUAAAGAUCAAAAUUGGAGGAAAAUGCUUAAACAUUUCUUCAAAGACAUUCAUGAAAUACCCCCUCAAAGAGAGUUGUGCUGGAAAAAAAUAUCCCUUUUUUUUUCAGACUUGCCAAGAGCAUUAAAAUUAAGUUCGAAAUCCCCAAGAUUCAAGGAUUCUGCCUUGGGUUUAGAUUCUUACGAUCAUCUUCUCGAAUUUUUUUAUUUCAUGUUCGUAUACGGCCAAGUAGGACAAGAUCAACCAGAGAGAAGAAGGUACGGGGAGAUCACAAGCUGGAACCGGUAUUAUUCUGUCAACGAGCUUAAGAACGUUGGGAUUUCUUUUAUGCCAAGCAACACCCGUGUUUUCACUGAUGUCAAGUUCAAAAAUACAUUGCUCGGUGGAGCACUAUGCAUUCCUCCACUAAGCAUAGAGGACUCAACCAAGUCCUUGCUUCUGAACUUGGCAGCCUAUGAAACAUGCGCUGGUUGGUAUUAUGGUAGGUGCACUUCGUAUGUAUGCCUUAUGCGUUCACUGAUUGAUAAACCUGAAGAUGUGAAGGAGCUGCGGUCAAAGGGAAUACUCCGCACCACUAUAGGAAGUGACGAUCAGAUAGCACAAAUCUUCAAAGAGAUAACAACCAAUCUGGCGCCCAACCCUACUGCUUAUACGAAGGUCAAAGGCUCUGUUGAAUCGCAUUAUAGAAGCAGUGUCAAGAGAUGGAUCCUUGAAAAUAAGGGUCCUUUUUCUAGAGCAGUGGUCAAGUACUCUUUUAUUUAUGGCAUUGCAGUAAGUGCCAUACAAGCUUACUUAGCAGAAACUAAAGAGAAACCAGGUUUGGGCAACUGCAGCUGCUCAAACGCCACCCUAUAACACCCUUAAAACUUGAUCAUACACAUAAGAGCUGUUUAAAAAAUCUUCGUCCUUUUGUUUUCCCCAUUAACAGUGUGGAUUGGUUUGCCA